AUGUACUCAAAGGUCGUAAUCUUCUUAUGCGCUGCAGGCAUCGCGUCUGCCGGCAACUUACUUCAUGCUGCACCACUCGCUUACAGCGCGCCAGUAUCCUCCGUGUCUUACUCGUCCCAAAGCACAGCUCACGGCACACCAGCAGUUGCCUACUCUAGCCCACUUGUGGCUAAAACCUACGCCUCUCCCGCUGUAGCGACUUACGCAGCACCAGCCUACACAACAUACCAUGCCGCUGCCGCUCCCGCCGUAUACGCUGCCGCUCCAGCUUACUCCACCUACCAUACCGCUCCAGUAGCCACCGUCACCAAGACCUUAUCGCCAGCUGUAUCUUACUCUUCUGUCUCCCACUCCAAGACCGUGUCUGCUCCCGCAGUCGCUACAUACGCAGCUGCUCCCGCUGUAUACGCUGCCGCUCCAGCUGUUACCACCUACCACGCCGCCCCCGUUGUUGCUAAGACCAUCGCUGCCCCCGCAGUGUACGCUUCUGCCCCUGUCUACCACGCUGCGUCAGUCGCUGCACCCGCAGUCGCUUACCACUCAGCGCCGGUCGUAAAAUCAGCCAUCACUUACUCAGCCGCCCCAGCGGUAUCCCACGUCUCCUACGCUGGUCUUGGCGCUAGCUACGGCUGGUGA